AUGCCCAAGCGCACCACCGAAGAGCGCGAUGAGCUGGACCCCACGCCUUUCAAGAUCGAGGAUGACACAUCAUCCGUAUCCGUGAAGUCUGAAGACGAUGUCGAGGAGAAGAAGCUUGCUCCCGGGAAUGCGGAUCAUGGUCCCGCCAAACGCUCUCGUGGUAGACCGGGGUCCAAGGCUUGGACGACCGAAGACCUCGACCAGUUGUUCACAGCGAUGAUUAGCGGUAAGACAGCGAAGGCUCUCGAGGGUCAAGUCAAUGGCCGCACCGGUCAUCAGUGCCUGAGUACAUGGAAGUGA